GGCCAGGCCAGCCUGUUCAUCUCAGUUCACAAGGCUGGUUGGGCCCUGCAAUUGCCCAGUCCAGCCUCCUUCCUUACCCUGAGACAUCUGCCAGAGCCCUGGCUGGAGGGCCAGCUUCCUCACCUUUGCAUCCCUGCUCUGCACAAGCCCCAAACACGGGAAAUUUCCUCCAGGAACUAGAGAGGAAUCUGGUACCCUGCUAGGGACAAGGCAGUGAGACAUUUCCAAAAUGCUACCCCUGGUGAGGACCAUGGCUCUGUUUCCAUUGCUCUCUCUCCUUCUUCUGAGUGUGGUGACAACAUCUUAUUCAGAAAUAGAACCUGGUGAGCACCUUCAAAAGACCUGCCCUGUGAUCACCUGUGCUUCUCCAGGCAUCAACGGCUUGCCAGGCAGAGAUGGGCGUGAUGGCCCCAAGGGAGAAAAAGGAGAACCAGGCCAAGGGCUCAGAGGCAUUCAAGGUCCCCCUGGAAAAUUGGGGCCUCAAGGAAAUCCAGGACUCCCUGGGCUACCAGGAAGUGUGGGCCCAAAAGGAGACCCUGGAAAAUGCCCAGAGUGUGAUGAUCGCCUGGCUGCUUUAGAAAGAGAAGCUCUGCGCUCAGAAUUGGAUCGUGUCAAAAAUUGGCUGGCCUUCGCCCUGGGCAAACAAGUUGGAAGGAAGUUCUUCUUGACCAAUGGUGAAAAGAUGACCUUUGACAGAGUGAAGGCACUGUGCACCCAUUUCCAGGCUUCCGUGGCCACCCCCAUGAAUGCUGAAGAGAACAAGGCCAUCCUGCAUAUAACAGAAGGAGAUGCCUUCCUGGGCAUCACAGAUGAGGAGAGAGAAGGUCAUUUUGUGGACCUGACAGGAAGGCCUGUGACCUACCAAAACUGGAAUGAUAAUGAGCCCAACAAUGCUGGCUCUGGGGAACACUGUGUGAUGAUCCGGACUGAUGGCAAAUGGAAUGACGUCGACUGCACAGCCUCCCUUUUGGCAGUUUGCGAGUUCUCUGUCUGA